GGGUUGUUGGGCGCACGAGCCGGCCGGACGUCACAAAGAUGAGUCUGCCGUAGUAGUAGAUAGUGCGCAAAGCAGCCUGAUGUCAGCGGUGAAGUCCGGUUUGAGUACUAGGGUAUGUGACUUCAGCGAGGCGCUACUGUUAGAGUUAGGAAUACUUUUAGAUCACAACGACGAUGUUCUUGGUCUCGACUGGCGCAAACUGAUCGCGCAACUUGAGUUGGAAGCGAACUAUGACAAUGUAAACAAGCACGUCAAGAAGACUGAAGCGAUUUUACGUAUCUGGAGUUUCGGAAAUCCGGAAAAUAGCAAUGGACGCGAACUGGUAAAAGCACUCAUCGACAUGGGGCGUAAAGAUGCCGUCCUGGCUAUCGAGUAUCAUUUGGGUGAGGAAUUCGAUCCCUCUACAGACGGAAAAGAGGACGUAUUCAAGGCUCUCGACAGAGCAGCAAAGCUGGGAAAUGUUCAAGCGUUGGGAGAACAGCUUGGAUCAUCCACAGGAGAAGAAGUGGAGCAGCAGUAUGCAAAAAAGCCAUACUCUUUGCUGCACUCUGCAGCAAUGUAUGGUCACCUACCAGCUGUACAAUAUCUUGUUCAGAAAGGAUUCUUUAUUAAUAGAAGAAACCAUGGAGGUCAAACUGCAAGAGAAGUAUCACAACAGCUGGGGCAUGAGCAAGUUUCAAAGUAUCUAGAAGAAAUAGAACAGAAAGGGGAAGUCAAUGGAAAGCCUGUAAUGUCUAUAGAAGGAUCAAAAAGGUUUGAUGUGGAAAGGAGUGAAUUGGACAAGUUGACAUACGAAGGUAACAUAAAUGGAAUGCGUCGACUUCUAGAGCAAGGGCAAAAUCCAGACGAUGGAGGUGAGCAAGACUGGGUUCCACUUCAUACAGCGAUAGACAAAGAUAAUCUUGAAGCUGUCAAGCUACUGGUGCAAUUCAAUGCAGAUCUAAACAAACAAAACUCCAAGCUAUAUAUACCAGAGGUGUGGGCAAGACUCAGUGGUCGAGACCACAUAGCUGAUUACUUGAAAGUAGUGCAAAAAUCUCGUCUUGCUUUUAACGAAGCAAAAUCUCUAACUUCAACACCACAACCCGAACAAAGUGGCAGUAAUCCAAUAGUUAUCACAGUGCACCAACAACAUCCUGACCAAUCAAUAGAAGAGUACAUGGUGGAGGAAUCUUCUCUCGAUCAAGUUUGUAAUGGCAUUUCUAAGCAGCUUGAUGUCGUAGUCACAGCAUUAGUAGAUAAAACAACAAAUGAGAGAAUAUGUGAUGUGAGUGAGCUGAAGCAUGGACAAGAUGUUGUUGCAUUGACAGAAGAGGAAACAAACAAACAAGAACUUCAAGAAAAAAAGCAUGACAGUGAUGAAGAAACAAACGUAUGCAGCACAAUUGCUCAUUUAUUUAGUAAACUUUGGUGCAGCGCUCCUGCAGAACUUACAUAUUUCAAAUAUGAAUGCUUUGAGGCUAUUUUACGGAGGGUAUCGAAGCUUUUUCUCACAGAGAUCAGUGGACUGUAUGUGCCCAGCACACUUCAUGAAAUCACCACUGCAGAAAAGCUAACCAAACACAGAAGGGUUAUUGCUGUUACCAAACAAGAUGACAUUCAGAAGGCAGCUGACAAACUCGCUCUUCAAAAGAUUACAGAGCCAGUAUCUGUGACUGUCACCAAUGUUGGUGGACACUUGUUUGAACAAAAAACAGGUGUCUACAUAUCAAUUCCUGAACAUGCUGUUAAGGCCAAUGAGACAGUAAUUGUUAAGCUCACCAUUUGUGAGCCAAACAUCCGAAUGGAUUUUGGUACGAAAGAUGACCUCCGUUUGAUCAGUGAUCCCAUUUUGAUUGAGACAAUUCCUUCUGGAUACAGCUUCUUAAGACCCAUUCAGGUACGAUUGCCUCACUUUGGAGUGACAAAGCGGAAGGAAGGAGUAAUAAUAGGAGAAGAAGUGAGGCUUUAUACCGCAUCUUCCACCCCAGAUGACCAGUCACCAAUUCAAUUUUUGCGUGUGACCGCUGGUGACUUCUCUGCUGACCCACGAUAUCUGCGAUUUGAAGUGUAUCAUUUCUCUUGGUUCUUUGCACUGAUUUAUAAUGCUCUGACAUGGGGGGAGUGUGUUGCUAGCAUUUACUAUCCUGCUAGGUUGACUGCCAGUCAUUCCCAGUUUCAAAUCCGACUCCUCUGCUAUCCAAACCUUCAUGUGUAUGCUGUGGGUGCACAACAGCACAUUGGAGAAAGACACAACUAUGAAAGACGCAAGCAGGUGUACUCACUUGGAUAUGACAAUAGAACUGAUGUCAGCGUUCGUGUUGCGAAUUCAUCAUGGACCAUUACUCCAGUGGCAACUACUAUCCCAUUUGAGAAUUUAUGGAGGAGAAUGAUGCCUCUCUCCUGCAUGACUGCUAUUCCGGCUGAGAGAACAUUUACAGUAACAUGGCAAGGCGAGUUGCCACCCAAUCAGUCCUUGAACGUGACUUUUACAAUAGCAGGAGAGACGACAGUUGAUCUACCGGUUCUCAUCAAUCCUGUAGGAUUUGUGCAUGUGGGAUAUGGAGGAUUCACUCUCCCAGCUGCAGCUGAAAAUAGCCUUGCUCACUUGCUUGAUCAAACUGUUGCAUACUGUAGAGACUACCGUGGAAUAGCUGGUGAAUUUGGCUUUAGCAUGGCAGAGGUUGAUACACUGACAUCAGCAAUGAGUCCAACGAGAGCGCUAAUAGCUGCUUGCAGACACCGUAAUAUUGGCAUUGUUGAUUUUAUUGAGGCUGCUGAGCAUUUGGAACGGAAAGAUGUUGUCGAUUUACUGAAGAAUAUUAAUGUGGGGCUGUAGUCAGUUUAGAACUCAUCUGAUUGACAUUGUGAUUUUUAAUCCAUAUAUACUCCUUACUUCAUAGACUUUACAGUAAUAAACGGAAUCAAUAAUACAGCCUUCUCCAACAUAUUUUAGUAUAAGUAUGUAUUGUUGGUUACAGUAGAUUUUAUCAGUACUAAAGUGUAUGUGCACAACAAGCAACU